UCGAUUUGAUGAUGCAGUACAGAACGCGGACGGCAGCGAUGAUGCCAACCUUAGUAGCCGCCUCUGCGCAAAGCUCGGCGUCCCCUAUUGGCUGAACGUUCUGUCAGUCAAACGGCCAGCGGGGCGGUACUUCAAGGGAAGGCCUCCCCAGAGGCCAAGAGUGGCGGCGGUGCUGGCGCUGCCGCAGGAAUGAGGAGACGCCGCUGAGGAACAUCGGCCGUCCGGGGAGCGUCCACGCCUGAGGAACCGUCACCGACAAGAUUCCACCAUCUGCUGGAAAAGAUGGGGAACGUGGAAAGCAGCAGCCAUUACCAGAAGCACCUCUCGAGGUUCCUUCCUGAUGAACAAGCCGACAUUGACAGCGUCUUCGUUGCCUUAUCCGGGUCGGGGGAGGCUGUCGGAGGAAAGGGGGGCAAACCAGCCAAGAAGGGUGUAACGCUGAUGAUGCUCAAGGCCCACGUCAAGGAGGCCCUCCCUGAAUCAAUGGUCAUCCGGCUGUACAAUGGGAUGAAGAGCAUCCCUCUGCCCGAGAAGUCUCCUGGGUCCAACGGGCAGGUGGGGAAGGAGCAGUUUGUCAUUUUCAUGUCGGCACUCUUCAAAGGCAACGCCGAGGAAAAGAAAGGCAUCAUCAUGAAAAUGAUAUCGAACGCGGACAGCACCGUGAAGGGAAGUCAGAUCAUUGAGUUUGCAGAGGAUCUGGUUGGCUCUGUGGUUCACGUCCUGAGCUACAGGAAGAUGCUGAAGGGCUGGAACUUGAAGAAUGUGCAGAAUUCAACCACAGGAAUAAAAGCUUUGGCGUCUCAGUUAGUGUCGGAGUUGAAAUCGGCAGAUGGGAAGAGGCUUGAGGGUGGUCAGGCGCUGGACGCUGUCUGUGACGAAAGCAGCAUUGAGGAUUGGGUCUUCCGGGUUCCACAGGUCUCUGCUUUCCUCACUGUGGUCGUCCAGCAGGGGCUGCUCAUCCUGCACUCCCUCCCGGACCAAGAGCAAGAGACCUUCCCUUUGCUUCCGGAGUGCCAGGGGGUCAGAGGCAGCCGCUUCGUCAGCCUCCUCAACAUCCCCUCCGUCACCUACAUCAACUCUCACCUGCCUUCUGAGCUCCAACACAAAUGGAGGCUCCUCUUUGCCUCCCAGGUUCACGGCGAGAGCUUUACGCAGCUGUGCGGGCACAUUGUCAACCAGGGGCCCUGCGUGCUGGUUCUGAAGGACACAGAUGGCUACGUCUUUGGUGGCUUUUCGUCGUGUUCCUGGGUGGUUAAACCACAGUUUCAAGGCAACAAUGGAUGCUUUCUGUUCUCUGUUUCCCCCUCGCUUGAGGUCUUCACUUACACCGGCUACAACGACCACUACAUGUACCUGAAUCAUGGGCAGCAGACAAUGCCGAAUGGCCUUGGCAUGGGUGGACAACAUGAAUACUUCGGCCUGUGGAUCGACAGCAACUAUGGGAGGGGCCACAGCAAAGCCAAGCCCAGAUGCACCACGUACAACAGCCCUCAGCUGUCGGCCAAGGAGAACUUCACGUUGGACGCCAUGGAGGUUUGGGCGGUGGGAGACCUCCCAGAAAGUGCAGCCGGCACGGGUCAGAAGAGCAUCCUGGACGCAGACCCUGAGGCCCAGGCUUUGCUGGAGAUGAUCGGGAAGGGCCGAAAGAGCGAUGGGUUGCGGGAUCCGGCCGAUGGCGACGGGGGCGACAACUGAGAACAAGGCCUGGAAGCUCUUGCCUGAUGCUUUGUGCAGAGCCGUCUCUGAUCUCUCUCCAACACCACAUGUGAAAACUCGAUAACACAAACCGCUCAAGUGUAAUGUGUUUUCCUAGAGCUGCAUGUUGUCUGGUUAGGAGACAAAUCCUUUGCGUAGCGGGAUGGUUUGUCUGUGAUGGGCAGAUGGGGUGAUUGCAUGCUUUAGGUAGUUCUUAAUAAUCAAGGGUAUUGCUGAAUACAAAUGAAGACAGGUCCAUGCCCCUCCCCCUCCUUUGGAUCAGUGUUAGCAUCCACUAUUUAGUCACACAUUUCGUCUGUGAGCAGCUCAAGGGAGUUUUCGAGAAUCCCAUUGGGAAACAGCUUCCUGAACGAAUUUCAGCUUGUUUGCUCAAGAGGGCCUUUGCUAAUCAUGUUGAAGCAAGUUUUGUUGGGGACAGUUGGUUCAACCCAGGGUUGAACAUUCACAGACCCUGCCUUAGGAAACCCACAUUUUGAAUGUUGUAAAGGCAGUAGCCAGAGAACUGAGCACUUGAUCGAUGCUGCUUUUAGUCUCAGACUGCUGUCCCAGACACCGUUCACAUAAGUGUAUAGGACUGAGAACCAAGUCAGAUUUCCAGGGUGGUGCAGGCACAGGCCAGUGUUGGGAGUGCAAGCGAAAGACCGCCUCCCUGGUGAAUUUCUGGGUGCGUAUGGCAUCACUACACCAGACCCUUUAAGAUGCAUGAGAUUGGGCUGAUCCUUGAGCUGCUGGCGGCAAGUUGCAGGUUAACCGGAUCAGCACGAAUCAAUGCUAAAUCAUGCGGUGAAGCAGUGGAUGCAGCCUGUCAGUCGGGGCGCCAGUCUGAAGGAUGAAACGUUGGUUGCAGCCAAACUUAGCAAUGUCUGAAACCCAAAGACCCAAUUUUCUUUGCUAGGUAUUGUCGAGAAAUGAUCUCAAGUCCUCAAUUUAAGGCCUACUUCAGGAUUCAGUCUAGGGAAUUAUGAAGGGGUGUGAAGAUGGGGCUCUACCUUGGAUUUUCAUGCAACUGUCCGCUUUGCAAAUCUGCACCUCUAUGCAACACAAACCACACAGCAAAUAAGAUGAUAUCAUGUGAAACAUAAGCUGCAAACUUUAGAGCUACUCGGGACUUCUUAUCAUGCUCUGAAAAGUAAGUGCGUGUGUGAAAAAGUUGCUUGACAAGGCUUGGUAUUCAAAACAGUGUCCUUAGCUCCCCCCCCUUUUUUUUAAGUCUUAAGGUAGUGAACUUUUAAGUAGAAAAUUAAGUAUGCAAAGCAAGGAAUCUAAAACUGACAUUCCCUUUGCAAGUGUGAAAAACAAGUAUUAGCUUCCACUAUAGUUCCACUUGAGCCUCGCAGAUUACUGAAAGGUGGGGAAUAACAAUAAAAUAAAAGUGGUCUAUAGAGGUAAACAGUAUGUUGGAAAUUGAAGUGUCUUUUGGCUUGUUGACAUAUUUGAUCAAGUUGCAAAGGCAUAAUUUCCACAAUAGCUGGAUCUGUUCUGGUCUUCUGAGUGAACACUUCUGAGUGCAUCUUUUAUGUAUACUAUUCUGAUUUGGUGACAUCAUGUUUAGGGUCUGUAACCUUAGAAGGAACUAUUUUGUUCCACCAGCUUUGUUGCAAUAAAUCUACAAGAUACA